AUGCGAGCCUUGGUCCGGAAAGCCUUGACCCUCGGGUCACUGGCCGCUACAACAGCCGCUGCAACACCCAUACCCGACGCUGAGAUGGAAUACCUGUUGAACACGGCGGGUAUCGAGCUCGCUAUGAAGGCGCAGCCCAUGUUCCUGAUGGGCCAGGCAGUGGGCAGGGCACCGUGUAUGCCUUCAUGGGCCAUAGUGAACGGCACACAGGCGGCUCCGUCGAAACUGUGUGCGUGGCCGGACUCCGGGUGCGAUUGCCGAAACCCCGGCGUGCCGCUUGGGAGCCCGAUGCCGUCGUUCCCCGUGUACUUUUCCUAUUCGCGGUGCGGAAACGCGGCGGUCAGGAUUGCCUACAAUUUGUUCUAUACAAAGGAUGGAUUUAUUCCGAAUAAGAUAUUCGGGCACCCCUUUGACUGGGAACGAGUCGUCGUGAUAUGGAAUAAGAAUCAGAGUAAUGGGAUGUGGGCGCCCGCGCAAUUAUACCUGUCUCAGCAUACGGGGUAUCAAAGGAUAGAAUGGGCCCAAAUCAAGAACACGUUUAAUGCCGCCGAUGCUAGCAAGCCACGUGGUGGUCCUGACGGCCAAAAAAACUUGGAUCAUCCAAAGUGUUAUAUUUCGUCGGCGAAGCAUGAUAUGCAUCAGGAAAAGUCGACUGCGUGGAUUGACGUCUUGUCCCAGCUUACGAACAAUGCGUUCCGUUCCGACAGUUGGUGGUAUUUCCCGACCAAGGAGGAUUAUAUACUGGCGGACGAGUCAACUGAUGUUGGCAAGUUGAUAGCAAGCUUUGACUGGGGCGACGCCGAUUCAACGCCUCCAUUGGUUGCCAAGGGGCUGUGUAAUGCUUAG